GGCAAAGCUCGAAUUCCUCAAAGGACAAAUGUCGUCUGUUGGCCCUGAAUCCCAGCAGCAGCAACAUACGCGGCUAAAAAAGAAAUUUGAGGAUCUGAAAAAGCGGCAUGUGCAGGAUAAAGAGGACUGGAUGCGGGAGAAGGAGUCGCUGCUAAGAGAAGUGGCUGACAUCCAAGGAGGGGAGAACCGGAGGAUUUUGCUGGACCUGAAGACAGUGUUGGACGAAGUGCAGGCGGAGGUGAAGCGAGAGGAGGAGAAGAGGAGUGAUCUGCAGCUGCAGUACACCAGAGACAGAUGUGCCUGGGAGCUGGAGAGGGCGGAACUCAAGUGCCGGAUUGCACAGCUGGAAAACAAAGACAGUUCUAGACUAGAGAGCGGUGGUGUCCAGUGUGCCACAGGUUCUUACUCAGUGGCUCAGCAAGCCAGUCGUGAAGAGCACAACGAGACGUCAACGCUCCAUCAGGACAAGGAGGAACAGCGCAGACUUCUGGCAGACACGUACUCAACCACCAUGGAGCUGCACUGUCGUCUGGAGCACAACGAGAAGGAUUGGUUGAAGGAGAAAGCUGAGCUAUUAGAGAGAUUUGACAUGGAAAGGAGUGAAUGGGAGAGCCAACUGAAAGAUAUGCAAAGGAAAAUAGAAGAGUUGUACUGUGAGGUGAGGGCCAAGCGAGAGGGGACUGGCGGUAGGCGGAAUGAGGAAGAAAUGCAUCGGCUAAGUGUGCCUUCACUCAGCUCUGGUUCCAGUGUGCUCAGUGACAUGUCACAGACACACAGCAGCUGCAGUCAGCCAGAGCCCUUACUCCCCUUUGACCGCUACAUCAUCAGUGGUGGGGGGCGUGAGAGUCAUUCCCCCACCUGCUGUCAACCAGACAGACUCAGUGAAGUGAUUGCAGGUGGUCAGUUUACUCUGAAUGAAUGUGCACAUCCUGGAUUGAGGUCUAGAGACUCCGUCCUUGAUAGGAAAGAUGCUGCGAACACUUCUGAGCUUGAAACAAUUUUCCAUAAAUCUGUUGGAUGUGGACUGGCAACAAAACAUGUCUUAACAGUGAAUGAAAAACAUCAUCAUGGCAUUAAAGAAAGUCCACUGCUGGCAGAGCCGAGUAAUGCCAGUGAGAAGAAGAAAAGCACCUCUGCUCUGAAUGCUGCUCUGAAGGAGAUUGCUCGUGUCAGUGAGGAACUCUGUAGCUACCAAGAUGAGAUAAAAAAGAAGAGUGAGGAUAAAAGAAAUCGUUCUGAAUUGUUGUACCUCUCAGAGGAGAAGACCUCUGCAGACAUGGAUAAAACUGGACUGGAGUUGAAUGAGGCACCAAAUGACCUUAGUCAAAUCUACAAUCAACUGAAGGAAUUGGAGAAGGAAAACUGGAUCACCUUGUCACCAGAUUACACCUGGCGGCCCAACAGAGGGUCAGAAGAUUCCUGGGAAAGUAAUUCUAUUGACAGCUGCAAAGAUGUGCCGACAUGCCCUGUGGCAAUCUUUGAUAUGGAUACACCAGGCCCCCCUGUCCUUCCCCGCAGCUUCUCCCGGAAUCUGAGCUCCCCCUCCCAGACAGACACAGAACUCCACAUUCCCGAAUCCCCCAAGACAACAAUGACAAAAUGCAACAGUCCAUGUGUUACUGUAGACAAAAAGUGUGGCAGUCCUUCCAUUGUUAGAAAGUUUGAAGCUAUGUUGCAGGAAAAUGAAGGGAAGAUUUUCAUAGAUGGUGUGGUAGCAUCCUGUUCUGUUCCAAAAAGUUCAAACUGUAACAUGGGCUGCUCCCACAAUCGCUGGUCUUGUGAUGCAUCAAAGUUCACUAGCAGUAAGUUGUCCAGAGGUGGGACUGUCCAGAAGAGUUUCUCUGAAGCCAACAUAUUGACUUCAAGAAAAGACUGCUCACCUUACAGCCCUGGCAUUGGGAAUUUGCACAACCACCAAAUACAAAUGCCUCAAGUUCUUAAAGAAUUACCUGUAGAUUUGCUAUUGUCCUCCCUGGAAAUAUCACCAACCAGUCCCAACCUGCAGUGCUCCAGGAGAAACAUUUUGUUGGAAAAAAAAACUGCAGCAUUCAACAGAACUUUGUUUCAAGCAGAGAUGGGCCAUGGUGUAGAGGAGCAAGAAUGUGUUUUGGAAGCAGAUGGUUACUCUAUGGGUUUCCAACCAGCAAAGAUAGCAGAUUGUGCGCCAGAUGAGCUUUUACCUCCUAAGAAUUACCCUGAUGACACCACUGGUCUCAAGGAUGUGAAUACUGAAGUUGAAUUAUCCACUGCCACUUCACAUCUUCCCAUUCAAAACACAGAGGUCAAACUGAACCAAAGUAAUUCUGAAGUUCAAGAAGCCAGAAUGAAGAAUUGCACAUCUUCUGUCAAUGCAACUGAACAACCAAACGCUGCAGUCUGUGAGGCCAACACAGUAACUUCUCAGAGUCCUGGACUCUUUUCUGAUGUUGAACAAAAAGUUCAAACAGCAAGCAGCUCUUCCAGAAAAACACAAAAAAAAGCACCCACAAACACUACCCUUUCUGAGGUGGUUUUGUCUGCAAAUACCCAUCCAGGUCAGAAUGUGGAAUAUGUCCUCUUCAAGAGGGACAGUCCUUCAGAAGCAGUGAUUCAGCCAGCUAAAGUUGACGUUUCACUCCAGGAGCCUUCUGCUCAGAGCAAACAGAGACAAAUGACACUGCCAAAACUUGGGUCUGUGCCUCCCUCCCAGAUGGACUGCUCCAGACCUGCACCUCGAAUGUUGAAUGACCAUCCCUGGAAGCCCCUCACUCUAGCUGCAUACCCGCGCCCUGAGGGCUCACGGUCCAACUACGGAGCAUUAGAAAGAAUUCUGAAGCACUACGAGACUGCAGCUCGUUCACAACUACAGGAUGAGACCGUUUCGGGUCAAAACGUCAGCGUCCAGCAAGACAAUGCCAUUGGAUCGAACAUGCGAGACAUGAUCCCUCAUCCCGUAGCGCCUCCUCUGCGACAGCCAUCACUCAUACAGUCAAGCACCACAGUCAGCAGCCACAGUGCCAUGGGAGUGACACAGAUACAGCAGCAAGUGCAGGUUCAAGAAGACUACAGAUGGAAAACAUGACAUCAUUAUGAAGACGAUUCGUGCAUCUUCUCAACCCAGAACGUCUUUUCAAAGCCUGCGUGUCCAGCCAAUCGACGUCUGCCUUCCCGAUGGGCCAGCCGCUCCCACACUUUCUCCUCUUUCACCGCUACAUCUUCCUGUAAAACCCCUGUUUGACCACCAUCCUCAACCCCCACCAGAAACCCACUUCCUCCUUUACUGAUUGACAUACCUUUCACUUGGACACUGUCUUCUUUUGAUCUUUACCUUAUUGUCUGAGCAACAGGAGUCCUUCUGUGAUGAUACAAACUCUAGCUGUUAUCUUCACCACUGUUUUACGUAGUAAUUCUGAUCUCCUCUGUCACACACUUAUAGGUGCUUUGGUUGUGAGUCUGCUUUCGAUUGUAUCCACUGGAGCGAAGCUGACUAGAAGACUUUCCAAAAUAGCUUCAGUUGUGCAGUAACAUGCUCACACUGAUCCGCCAAGCAUUGCACAUGCUUCUGAGGUUGCUGAAAACCUAUGAUUUACUACACUCAGGUCUGUAUUCUAGCCUUGACUACAGAAGCCUUGCAGACAUUUUGUACUAAUCAUGCUUCACUAUUUACCUUCGCCCUGCAUACUGUAUUUACGACUGAAGGCGAUGCAAACUCAUUAUCAAAUGGAACUGUAUGGUGUUUUGUAUUAUAUUGAUUGGUUUUGGCAUAAAGAGAGAUGCAAUGGCACAAUCAUGUUAGAUUCAGAUAUACUGUAUCUUCAGCCUAACAUUGUCACGUUUCUGCUUUGAAUAGAAUUGCAUAUAUGUACUGUACCUUGCCUGUGACUUACAAUUUUGUUUUAUAUUCAGCACUGACUUUACAUCCAUCAUAUCUUGAAUACAGAUUUCUUUAUUCAUACAAUGUGAGUUCCCUUUUAUAUCUUUGUACCAAAGGCUGGUUUUGUUAUUAUCAUUUUCUGACUUUAGUUUGAAAGAUGAUGUUUCUCAUGGCAUUAUUCCAGUCAUCUUAAUUCUUAAGUUGUAUCUGAUGUUACUUAUAUGGAGUAUCAUUUACUCUGCAACAUAAAUAGUGCUGCUUACUGAACAAGAACGAGGACUUUUUGCUUCUUAUACUAAUGAAAGGUCACAUAUCGGACAUUACUUAGUUUAAUAUCUGGCAAAGUACUUGACCCCAUCACUAUUAAAGUGAUCCCUUUGCUGUUAAUCUUGUGUAAUAAAAUAAGGACGAAGGGAUGUUCAACCCUCUUAGUCCUUUUGUUACAUUUACUCAUAGUGUGUUUGUAACAUGACAGACCAGAGUACCUGAGUACCACCUACAGUUGUCAUAUUGUCACUAAUAUCAUUGUUUUGUUGUGCGUUUUUCAGAAUGUUACAUUUUUAAAAAAAAUGUCCAUUUUAGCUUAUCCACAGUUGUGAA